UAAGGGAUUUGUAGUUGAAGUUGAAGUUGUAGGGAAUGUAGUUAUAUAGUCAUGCACAUGUUUGAGCACUGAUACUGGGUAGGCGGUAUCACUGGUCCUUUUAUUUUGUCUGUAAGCGCUAAACGAAUAGAAGAGUGAGUCACAAGUGUGGGCCAGCAGGAGGCGCUAGUGGUCAGCUCGUGCACUCGAUACACCGCUCCACAGAAGAGUAGCAGUAGCACGUACAAGUGUGCCUUGGAUCCACAGAUGUGAGAUGGGGCGCUCAGCACCUCUCCAGCACCUCCUACUCUGCGCGGGUUAACUGCGUUUAAACAGGCCUCAUCUCGGGGGAAAUAAUCGGUCUGUGGGAGUUGUUUACCCAGAACUCGUGAGGCAGCAAAGGGUUGUUACGCAGCUAUCCUGUCCGCGAGGCGAACUGGAAUGUGUGGCUUUUCGGCUCCAACAGGGUGUUUGCUGGUGGCUGGAACUGGUUUUGGGCCCCGGGGCGGCAGCAUGGAUUUAUAUCAGUGUCAGUGAAGGAUUAUUAAGGACGGAGUCGAGCUGUAACUGGCUAGCAGGUGAUACAGCUUUGAGCGGAUAUUGUGACGCAAUGGGCCGUGAGCACUCGUAGGAGCAAAGUGGGAUGUGGCCACGAUGUAUUUAUGCUGCCGCUGAAGACAUGACUGUCACUGCUGAUUCGCGCCCCGGGAGUGUGGCCAGCCUCCGGUGUGCUUCCUGCUCUGCUCGCCGUGUGUGGAUGCUGUCAGUGGGCGUAAUUACCGAUCACUCUCAUAGGGUGCUUCACAGCACCCAUGUAGGCUCCAGCGCCCACCCAGAGCCAUUGGUGAACUCGUGUUCAUGCGUAAUAACAGCAUGCGAGCCGAUGUAAUUUUAACAGGACUAGGUUUAUCGUGAAGUCGCUGUCUCGGACUUUAUUUGUUGCAAAAUCCAGUUUUUAAGCUAAACUGUCUAAUGGAGUCCUCUAUAGCCCUGGGCAGACUAGAGCUGAGCCCGGGUCCUGCUGCCGGUGGGGUCACAGGGGCUUCCAGGGUGAGUGGCGUUGAAUCGGCACAUGACAGAGGUGCACAGCGGCACCAGAGCCCUGCUCAUCUCAACGGCUGCGUGCCUCUAUCCCACCAGGUCGCGGGACACAAGUACGGAGUGGAUAAAGUGGGUAUAUUGCAGCAUCCAGAUGGAACAGUUCUGAAGCAGCUCCAGCCUCCACCCAGAGGUCCAAGAGAGAUGCACUUUUACAGCAUGGUGUAUGCAGAUGACUGCUGUGACCCCUGUCUCCUGGAGCUCCGGAACUACCUUCCAAAAUACUAUGGCACCUGGGCCUCUCCCGACAACCCGAGUGACCUUUACCUGAAACUGGAAGAUGUGACGCGGCUCUUUCAUAAGCCGUGCAUUAUGGAUGUUAAGUUAGGCCAACGCAGCUAUGACCCUUUUGCCUCACAGGAGAAGCGAGAACAGCAGAUACGAAAGUACCCUCUGAUGGAGGAGAUCGGCUUUCUGCUCCUGGGCAUGAGGGUCUAUAAUGUGUCCAGUGACUCUUUCGACUCAUAUGAUCAACACUACGGACGGAAGCUGUUGAAGGACACUCUUAAAGAGGGUUUGGCCAAAUUCUUUUUUAAUGGAGUUGCCCUGAGAAAGGAUGCUGUGUCAACAAGUAUUGCAAAAGUGCAGCAAAUCCUGCGCUGGUUUGAGUCCCAACAGCAGCUGUGCUUCUAUGCCAGUUCACUGCUGUUUGUGUAUGAGGGUCAGCCCCCCUCUGCACCACCCCACAACCCUCUUCAGGACAAGACCCCUGCCCCAGACGAGGCACGGAAGGAUGAGCACACUGCAGAAUACAAUAAUAACAACAUCCAGGAGCCCAUGUCCUGGGACUACAGCCUGGACACCAUCUGCACCAACCACAAGAGUCUUUGCCAGCGGCAGUGUAAGGAGAAGCAGCCCAACCACAAUCAGGAGGCCGCUGGGCAGGAGGUGGUGAGGACGGGAAGGGCAGAGCCUGGAGCAGGUCCCACUGUGGAGGUGCGCAUGAUUGACUUUGCUCAUGUGUUCCCCAGUGACGCUCAUGACCAGGGCUACAUCUAUGGCCUCAAACACCUGCUGAGUGUCCUCCAGCAGCUGCUGCACGAGCCAGAGCGUCACUGAAGCUCUCUGCUGCACUAAACUGUCCAUGCAUUACUCCAGUCCAUGGAUGAACAGACGUUUUAUUCGCAUUUGGCUUUGAGAAAAACAAAACCAGGAAAUUAUAUGGUCAUUUAUUGAUAGAAACUGGGAUGCAAAAAACAAAGAUCUCAGCUUUUAGAGUUACCAAAUGAAGAAAUACUCUUGUUUCCAUGUCUACAGUGUGAGGGGACGGGCAGAGGACUAAACAUUUAGCAGUGUAGUAUUUCCUGAUUUAAUUUUUCUCAUGUCCAAAUCAUUUUAUGCCUUGAAUCAUCUCAGCCCCUCCAUGCUCCGUAGAGCCUUCGCCUCAGAGCCAUAUGGGCCACGCCUACCUCCGAACGAGCUCUCAUUCACCAAUGUUUUAGUAAGAAGCAUUCCAAGAUGGCAUUAUCCAUAGCAAGAAAUAAAAAGUUUUAAAAAUCUAUUUUUUGCUUGAAACAUAGAUUAUAUUUUUUUAAUGGUGUGAAGUGUAAAAUAAGCGAGGUAGGACAGAUUUCUUGCCACAGCUUUGGUGAAUUAGAGUUGCUGCUGGACCGGCGUUAUAUUUCGUCACUGUUAUCCUCAUUUUUUUCUAAACUCCUGAUCACAAUAUCAGUGUAACUCAAUGUUCGACAUGGUAGUAGCCGAGCCUUUCAUGUUUGCUUUAUGUUUUUUUGUUUUUUAAAUCUAUAACCACUGUUGAGAGGUUUCUAACUCAGGUACAUGUUAUAUUUUUAAUUAAUUGUUCUCCUUGAUUGCUCUGUUGAGUUUUGUCCUUGAUCAAACAUUAUUAGUUUGUCUUUGUAAAUGCACAUAGGAACAAUCCACACUAACCUUGAAACUUUAAGUUUGUUCAAUUUCGCAAGAAUCAGGUUUAUUUCAGACCCUAAAAGUUUAACCCUGAAAGCCUCUAAACCGGUCCUAUCCUGGGAGCAGGUUUUAUUCCUCUAAAUAUACUUUUAUCCUUCUGCUGCUUAGACGAAUCCUGGGUACACUUUAAAACCGUUGAUUAUUAUUUAAUUUUUAUUAUUCAGUUGCCUUUUAUAGUUUGGUUUCCUUUUUUAUAAAUGGGUCAGUGAUGUUUUGCAGUUUUCAAAUGCUCAAAAAAUGAAAAUAUAAUGGCAUACAAAAUGUGUAGAUUUUCUGGUAUAUUUAAGUCUAUAUUUUUUCAUUUAGUAUAUGCCCCUUGAAAAAAAAACUGAGAAAAAAAUUAUAAUUUUCUGCAUUUAAAUCCAGGGACAUCUUAAAAUACGUCAUUCGGUGCAAUGGACAUAUUGUUAAAAAUUAAUUAUAUUUAUAUUAACUUUUAUUAGUUUUUUUUUUUUUUUUUUUUUCCCUUAAUUUUGAAGAAUUUCCCAAUUUGCCCUAAUAUGGCAACUCUGGUAUCAAUUUAUUAUUAUUUUUUUCAUAAAAAGAGUAAAACACUUCAAAAUUGAAUAAAACCUCAGCAUAUUAGCACUUUACCCCCUGAAAUUUAAGUUCCUAUGUAAAAAAUAUAUAUUUACAGUGUCAAAACUAAUUUUUUCGGACACAUUUCACAGUAAAUGUCAUGAUGUGAAUCAGAGAUUCACAUCAUGACAUCGGCUGUUACGGAAUAACGGUUCAACUGAAUUUUUUUUAAAUGGCCUGUUUUGAAAUUGACUUAAUAAAAACUCACCCAAAUCACACUAACAACUAUCUAACUCUAUCUGCCUUUAAUAUAUUUAUUUUCCAAGUGCAUUUUGAAUAAUUGACUAAUUAAGCUACCAAACCUAUUUUCCUUUAUUUCUGUGAUUAUUUUACAUUUAAAUUUAAAAGCAGUCCUUUAAUAUAGUGGCAAUUAAGGGCUUAGAUUCACCAAAUGACCGUUUCCGUUUCAUUGAAUGACACAUUUUGUGUUACCGAAUGACAUUUUUCAUACACUUUCAUUCUAAACUGGUAUAUACUUAAUCCAUCAAAGAGAAACAAAUACAUCAGUACUAUAUAGUAUAACAGUUUUAAACACAUUUUGAAUGUUGCACCAAAUUACAUGAAAAAUUGUGACAUUUGUACUUUUUGUGACAAAGGCUUCACCAGCAAAAACUAAGAGGGCAAAUCUGAAUCUUGUUGCCAUUUCAGAGUCCUGCAGAGUCCUCAGAGUGAUGUCAUUACAUUAUACCUGAGGAAAGAUUUCAGAUUAUUGUUCAAAAUGACCCUUUAACUUAAUUUUACCAAAUUACAUAGAUAAAAUAGGCUUUUGGGGACAACAUUUAAUACAUUAAAAGUAGUUCUUUUGUAUUUAUUUUGAACAUAAUUUUAUAUGUUCAUGCCAAGGCUUCUACAAUUAUGGCACAGAGAAAAGAUUAUGAUUUUGGCAGUUUUUAUAAUUUUUGCAAGCAAAUGUUCUGAUUCUAUGUGUGAUCCCUUUCACCGUUUGAUAUUUUAAGACUUUAAACCUGUAAUAGUCUUUCAAAUUUGGUCUCUUCUUCCAAAUGAGUAUUGGUACAAUUAAAGUGUAUAAAACAAAUACAUUUAAAACUUUAUAUAUUAAUAACUAGAAAAGUAGUAGCUUCUGGACUCAAAAAUGCCUGCGUCACAUCACUGACCCAAAUACAUUUUUAUCAGUCACAGUUUGGUCUGGUAAACCUAGUUUAUUAUACUUGACCAAUAUCUAGUUAAAAUAGAUUUACAAAUAUUCUACACACAGAAAAAAUAUAUACCAAAUGGGUGAUGUGCAAGUAUCCUUUACAUACAUUAAUAUGUUUUUACAUACUACAAGUAUGAUAUGAAUAGUAUAAUGUAUUUUUCUUUAUUCUAAUAAUGAACUAAAGAGAUUUGAAAUAAUCGGUAGUGAUGUGUGUUCAACAUAAAGUAAUCAGCUAAUUAAAAUUUUGUUCCUAAGCCCACACAGCUUUGCAGCUCUUUGGGUUCAGCUAAACCAGUCUAACCAGAGACUUCAUUUUUUUCAUUUGAUUUAUGUCUGACAAUUUGUGUCUGGAGCAUAUCGUAAUGACAUUGGUGUAUUCUUUAAUUGUAAUGCAAACUGCACUCUGCCCCAUGAUAUGUCAAUGUGAAAGAUAUAAAAAAGUUUACAGGUUUGGAUAUUAUUACUGCCCAUUUUGGUGUCUUGGAAAUAUUAAUUAAUGAUUAUUAUGGCAGCUUAACAUCUCAUGUUCUUUUUGAUACUUGUAGUGAGCACCAGACUGGACAAGGUCUGUUUGUCUUUUGUGGAAAGGGUUGGUUCUUGUGCACUUUAUUCAUGCACAGUCAUGUGACUGCGUCAAACCACACCCAUUCCACACCCUCUCAUAAAGCUCUGUCACAGCUGUGUGUAAUGCUAUAUGUUUUUCAUUGUAAUUACAUGAUUAUCUAGAUAUCUAAAUAUCAAAUUUUGCAGCUCCUCUAUCCACAUCAGUGCAAUCCUUCAUGAAAACAUUGUUCUUUUGUUUUUAAUUGUCACAGGCAUCUCAUCUCAGCACAUCUCUGCAAAAAGCUGUUCUUGGAGUUGUUUGUAAUUAUAUUUUGUUCCAGUACUUCAAAAUUGAUAGUGUCUGACACACUGUAUAAAGAACACUAAAGCUUAGACUUUGAACCCUGCACCUGAAGCAGCAAUCCUUAACUCCUACCACAGCUCUGAUAGUAGUAGAGCUACAACUACUGUGGCACUACUGACUACAAAGUAGAGCUAAAUAAAAUCUGGCGACCACAGUGGCUAUCUGGCAGAUACAUGUUCUGCUUAGGCCACUUUUGAUUGAGUUUUAAAUAGAUUUAUUUUUAUAAAAUCUAAAAUAUUUGGGCAACAGAUUCCACUGGUGUUACCUUCAGGCCUAAAGAUGACUAUGAGUGGGUUGAAAUGGGCCAAUCACUGCCAAAUGAGAGGCUUACAGCAAACACCCAUCAAUGUAAAUGUAAAUAAAAAGUGCAAAUAACCCUCUAAUCGUAUUUGUUUGUCAAUAUUUUUGCAUAAAUAAAAAUAUAUAUUCUGUCUAAUAA